UCCAUCGGGGAGUGACAAUCCGACGGUUUCAGGACUAUGGUUUGCUGAUAUAUAGGCCAGCCAUGGGGCAAACUCAGCAAAGAGAGAACUCCAAGGAUGUUGAUGUCCUAAUAAUUCAGGACAUGUAUAAAAAGUUUGUUUUGGAGUGCCCAAGUGGACUACUUUUUCUGCAUGAGUUCAAGCGUUUCUUUGGUGUGGCAUCAACAGGAGAAGCGUCCGAUUAUGCGGAGAGUAUGUUUCGAGCUUUUGACAGAAAUGGGGACAACACAAUUGAUUUCCUUGAGUUUGUGGCAGCACUGAACCUUGUUUUCCGGGGAGAACUGGAGCCUAAACUUCGCUGGUCAUUCAAGGUUUACGACAGAGACUGCAAUGGCUAUGUGGACAGGGAUGAACUAAAAGCCAUUAUUAAUAGCAUCUAUAAGAUAAAGAAAGGCACAAAGAAGGAUGAGGAUGAUUCUAAGCUAACAGUAGAUGAGGCUGUGGAUCGAUUAUUACGAGCCGUGGAUACCGACAACGAUGGUCAUAUUAACAUGGAAGAGUUUAUUAGAGGUGCACAGCAGGACCCCUGGGUGCUCAACAUGCUGCAGUUAGACAUGAACUCUGCAGGAUGGGUGCUGGAGCAGCGAAGAAAGAGCGCACAGUUCUGAAAUGUCGGAGCACAAAACUGUUGGCCUAAACCAUGUGGACUUAUUCAUAGAUAACAUCCAGGGUUUGACCGAGAUACAUAACAUAUAACAAAUGCACAUUUACAAGUGAAACUGGGACUCCCUUUGGAUAGAAUGUCAGCUCAUGCAGUUUAAUAAUCACACAAUGAAAGAAGUUGUUCAGAACUGGCCACCAUUUGGCUUUUAUUAGGAAAAAAAUGCAAAAGAACACUACUUCUAACUUUACCCUCUCAUGUCUCUAUUACACAAAUGAUAAUAGACAGUCAUGUAUUUUCUUUAAAUACUAUUUAAACAAUUUUAUCUAUUUUAAUAUGGAAGUGCAGCACAUGUACAGUAUACAUACAGUGUAUUGCUAACCCUUGUCCAGCCUUAUUGUUAUAAAUUGUAAAUAUGCAAAAAGAAUAUUAUUAUAUUGACUACGUUUUUCUAUUGUUGUCCUGUUGUGUUUUUCAUUUUUGCUUUGUUUUUAAGCAAAUGAGGACAUUCAUAUAAUUGUUGAGCAUUCUGAAUUCAAAUCCAUACUGUACACUGGAUAUACAUUCAAUAUGCACAAUUAUGAUGCAAGUGUAAAUGUAUAUUGUUUUACUUGAUUACUUUACUGUUGUUA